AUGAAGCGAUCCGCCUUUGCGAAGGCACUGAUCUACACUAUCAUCACGACCUAUCCCUUUGCGUUGCUGGUGACAAAGUUGUCUCGCAUUGAUGAAGCCACGUUUGUCCCAUGUAGCCACCGAAUCAUCAAUCCACUGCACAACUCAUGGUGUCGCGUUCUCUACGUGUGGUGCAUAGCCGGAUGGUCAAUUGCCAAAGUCCUUCACGACUGGCUCUUGCUUGGCGGUGCCCAUGAAUACACCACUUUGAGGAUAGGCUGCAUAUCGAUAUUCUUUCAGCUGAUGGCAGUCUCUUUGGCUUUUUUCUGGAGCAUGGGUGCAGUAGAAGUUUUUGCGGCAGAGAUUGUGCCGGGCCAAUGCGCCUGUUACUACGUUCUUCCUGAGCUGGAAGCAAUCCUGGCGAUCGGUACCCCGUGUUUGCUGUUUGUCAAUGCUGUGAAGAAACUGGAGAAUGUUCAUCGCGCGCCGCUGGUUGGAGACUACCUCUACUACCAGCAGUAUGACCUUCCAUUUCGCUUGGCUUUGAAGUCCGGCGCUGUGGACUCCAAUACCUGCCUAAUCGGCACUGCACACGGCUACUACCAUGAAGAAUGGCAAGAUCAACUGGCUAUCAAUCAGCUACGCUGUUUGCACACAGUGCACCAGAUCUUGUGCUAUGUGCUCUUCUUGGGGGUGGUCUCGGCCUGCGUUGGUGUUGCCAUUGGCCCAGUGACUGCGAGGGCCAUAGAGCUUCUGUUGUCCUCAAAGCAGGCUGGCUCCGGAACGUUGAACCUGCUACUGGCAGUGCUGGUGGUUGUUGUGUGGUUCUUCCCUACGUAUUUGAUUCUUCGUCUUCUGGAAGCUCUGCCUAUGGAUUUCAAACAGUGCCGAACCGUUCCAGAGCUUUGGGAAUACGAAUUUCCAAUCUUCAACUUAGUUGUCCGCGUGGCCUUCAUUCUCUUCCUUGCAAUGGGCUUGCCUUGGGCAUCCAUCAUUCUGACAUCUCCAUUGGUGGAGGUUUUGAUGCACCGACACGUCACUUUCAAUGCAAAAGUGGCACUUCACCUGGCCUUCGCUGGUAUUUUGUACUUCGGCUUCGGAGUUCAAAUGUUUGUUUGGAUCGUCUAUUUGAUUCCAACUCAUCGGGCGCUGUUCGUCAAAGCACGAAUGCCUUACCGGCCAUCCUCCUACAUCGAGAUUGGGCGAAAUCAUCCUGAGUUCAACUUGGCCAAAGAAGUCCAGUUGGCAAAACUGUUCUUGAAAGAGAAUCGAAAUCCUGAAAGCCUUGAAUGGGUUGAUGGUUGGCAGGAGCGGUGGCGAGAAACCCUGGAGGACCCUGACGGUGUUGAUGCUUUGGUGAAGCGCCUUCAACGUUACACCCCCAAAGUGCACGGGUUUGUAGCAGACCUGAGCCUCAUGUCGGAUGUCCGGAAGUUGGGGGAACAGGUCUCCAAAGAGUUUCCUGUCAUACAUGGUUUGCUGAACAAUGCUGGAACCUUUGCCGGCGACUACACGGGGCAGCGCAAAGAAACUCUGGAGGGCAACGAGUAUUCGUUGGCUGUAAAUGUAAUGGCGCCCUUUCUGCUAACAUCGCUCCUCCUAGAGAAUGUCCGUGCUUCAGGUGCAGGCCGUGUGCUCAUCACCUCCUCUAUCUCAGCUGGCUCAAACGAUGCUCUAAACGACUUGAAGUGCCAAAAACGGUGGUCAGACCACCGAGCCUACGAGCUCAGCAAGCUAUGCGAUGCUAUGAUCACAAUGGAGCUUCACGCGCGGUAUGGUGAUCCCCCCAAGCUGUGCUUCCACACCAUGGACCCUGGCACGGUGGACACCAAAAUGUUGAGAGCCGGUUGGGGCAGCUGGGGCUCUCCAGUCUCCACUGCAACCACGUCUUUUGAGAUGCUGACGCAGGUCUUUACAGACCGCUUGGGCGAAGCAAGCAAGAAGAAGGUCGAGCCAGAUUUGGAGUUCUUCAUCAAGGACUUCCAAAGCACCUUCCCUGAGCUUGAGCCUGCUGUGUGA